AUGUAUGCGGCCAAGUGGUUCCAAGGGGCGCCCUUCGGGGUGCAGAGCCACAGAUUUGAUGUGUCUGCUGUUUAUCCCAACCAGAAGAAAUACAGCACCUUCACAGAGACCCCGUACUCCACGCAUCAUUCUGUGGAAGUGUCCCACAUAGGUCCUGGAACCUAUAGCUCCAGGGAGACCUGCUUCAGCAAAAAGAAGCUGAAGAAGGAGGUGGACACAGGCUGGGCUCUGGCCCAGCAAGCCAUCCGGCUGACCCAGCUGCCCCACUUCCAGUACCAGACCGUUGUGAGAGAGAGGAAGUUGCAGGAGCAAAAGCUGGGACCUGGCUCUUACAACUUCAAAGACUUCUUACAACAGUUGCAGCAGAAGCCAGGCAGCAAGCGGGGGCUGCUUAGCUCUGGGGAGAUCCGCUUCCGAGGUCUCAUUGGGAACUAUUAUCCAGGCCCCGGGAAUUAUGGGGAGAAGGGCAACCCAUACACGCGGCUGGAGGAGUAUGCCUGGAACCGGUCCCAUUCCGAGGGCCUCAUGUGCAGGAUGUCAAACAAGUCACCACCUGAGGCUCCUCAGGGGAGUGGUUUAGGACCUGGCACCUACUCCUUCAAAACUGGCAUCGAGACCUACCUGGCACGAUCUACUGGCACCCGCGGCCCCUAUGACAUUUUCUCUGGUUACCGAAGCAAGCCCCUGCCUUUUGGACAUUACUCUGUGCAGAAAAAAAGGCCCAGGGAACUGGUGAAUUUCAAGAGCUUCGUGGAUGAACUUAACUCACGUCACAAUAAGAAGCAUGGAGUUUUUUCAGAAAUUCCCCGCGACCCGAAAACCCCUCCAGAGAGGAUUUACUGGUCCACCCUUAGCCAGUGCCCCCGAAAACUAAACACAUCUGGCCCUGGUUCAUGGCUUCCUCAAGAGACGGAGAUCAAACACGUCAACCGGCCGCCAUUCCUCCUGGCCUCUAAGCGUUCAGGUGUAAAGACCAACCAGAUAGUUUUGGGAAGCUGGAACCCAGUAGGGGUGGGCCGCUACCUCAAUACCACGCGAUUGGAGAACAAGGAUACACGGCAGCGAUACCGGUCCCUGUACAUGGGUGAACCCAAGCGCUACCUCUCAGAUCUGAACCGGGACAGGAUCAUGCAGGAAAGGAUCACACCUUUUACAAAGGGCAGGUGCCCUCCAACUGUGGAUUAUAAUUCAAAUCCUACUCCUUAA